UUGGGGAAGAGGUCACCGGAGCUGUAUAGUAUAUGAGUUUAUUGGAAAGAGGCAGAGCUCUCUCAUCUGCUUACGAUCACAACCAUGUGACUGUCGUUAACAGACUCACACAGGAAAGAGGCGCAGACCCUGAUCCAUGCGUCUGGAUCAGCAGCAUCAGACGUGGAUUCCUCCUCCUGCUCCUUCUCCUCCUGAUCCUUCUCCUCCUGAGCCUUCUCCUCCUGCUCAGGUGGAGACACGGUUUUCUGGAAGUUAGGCUUAAACAAAACUCCCCGAGAUGUUUUGGUUCACGCAAGGUCUGUGCUUCCUGCCAGUGUUUCUGGUCGUCUGGUCUUCCUCCACCUUCAUCAUUUCCUAUCUGAUCGCGAUUUUCAGGGGCGACGUCGAUUUAAUCUUCCCAUACAUCAGUGACACAGGUGCAAAACCCCCGGAGAGCUGCAUUUUUGGCCUGAUGACAUUCAUCUCUGCCUGUGCAGGAAUAUCCACCAUUUACGCCCGGUACAAGUUUGUGGAGAAGCUGGGUGAGCAAACAGGGGCAAAGAGGACGUGUCUCAAUAGAUGUGCUCUGGUGGGGGGGAUGCUCUCCUGUCUUAGCAUGUGUAUUGUGGCCACCUUUCAGGAAACAGCCGUGACAGUAGUCCAUGACAUAGGAGCUCUGCUGUUCUUCAUCUCCGGCGUUGUGUACAUAAUCCUCCAGUCAGUCAUUUCCUAUCAGACCUAUCCGUUCGGAUCCUCCUCCAGCCUGUAUCGAGUGCGUUCGGGCAUCGCCUUGCUGGCUGCGCUGGCGUUUUUCCCCGCUGUCAUCUGUGCAUCUUUUGUGAAGCAGAGCACGCUGAUCCGAGACCGAGACGCAGAGGAUUAUCCUUUCUAUCUGGCCAGCGCUGUGUGUGAGUGGGUCGUCGCCUUCAGCUUCAUCCUCUUCUUCCUCACGUACAUCGACGAUUUCAAAGUUUUUACUUUAAAUGUGAAAACAGAGCUGGAGGAGUCGUCGUGAUUUGCAGCUGAACGCCAGUAUUUUCACGGCUCUUUUUAUUUCUUUUAUGAGAGUUUUAUGCUGUUUUAUUUUUGUACACAUCAUAUUGUGAGUUUAUUAGGAGAACAGGUAAUUUUCGACAUUUUUAUUAUUACAUUGUAACAACUGGCCGUCGGAUUUGGGGUUGAAGGAAAAAAGAACUGACCACAGCCUGGUUCUUUAUACUCUUUAUAUGACCCCCAAGUGUUCAUGCCGCCCGUGGUCACACAACAGUCACUUUGCACUUUGCACUCCUGACUCAUCAGCUGAACACUUCCUGUCGGACCUGUGACCACUUAUACGAGAAGUUGUGGUCGUGAGGUGAUCACCUGACCGCUGCACAUGUGAUUUAUCUCAAACCAAUUAAGUGUUUUUCUUUGGGAACAUUGUUUUGUGAGUAGAUCCGUGAAAUGCCAAACUAAUACUGUAUAUGUAUAUGGGGUACUGUUUUUAUAUUGCACACCAGAAAACUGAUGUCAUUCAAAUGCUGGCAGCUCUUCAAUAGAAUAUAUAUAUAUAUAUAUAUAUUUUUGCUUUGCAUCACUGUUCGGUACUGACAACAAUUAAGGGAGUUAAUCUCUUUCAGUGGAUGCUCCACUUAAGAGUCUUGGUUGCAUGUACUGACUGUACACUGUGGUCAUAUAGUGCAGCUGUGGAUGUGACUGUGCACGUUUCCACAUCCGGGAAUCAUGCACUGAGGAUCAAGCUGCUUAUUAGAAGAGAAUUAGACCAUUGAGUGAAUUAGUUGUUCAAUGAAACUGCCAAAUUUCAAUCUUAUAAUAAACAGGAAGAGGUGUGUUCGAUGUGCUUCAACGCCGUCUCAGAGUAUGCGUGGUGCUCUCCUAAAUUCUUUCACUCAUGACCCUUAAGGACUAAAUGAAAGUCUUAAUUUCUUUCUCUUCUUUUGAAUCAAGCACUAGGAUUUAUCCACAUUCUAAAGCCUUCACAAGAACAAAGAUUCACUUUUUUCCACAUAAGAUACUGUAUUUACAUGGGAAAUGAUCAAUUACUUUUGUAUUUUUGCUUGUGACAUAAUAUACUGCACAUAUCAUAAUUUCCUGCUGAGCUGAAUGAUCAGAUAAUAUGAUAGUAUGAAGAAGAAGGAUGCACUUUCUAGAGCAAAUUGUAUGAGUGUUUAUUACAGGCACAAAUCACAGAUGCAACGAUUCUCUCUCUUGUAACCAAAGUGCUUUUCAGAUGUUUCUACACUAUUGUGUAAAGUCCAUUCAUAGAAAUCUUAUCAAAAGAAAAUAAAUGUAUUUUGUACUAAAACA